UUUUUUUUUUUUUUUUUUUGCGACUGAGCCGCUGAUUAGCGCCGCAAAGCUGCCUUAUGUGCUCGGUAAAAUACGGAAUGGCGUUCUUCAACAAUGACUUUUUUCACGGUAUUAUCAAAAUUGUGACUCCUAAACGUUCUGCUUCAUCUUUCUUUCGUCUCCGGGCAGCGCAUGUUUAUUGAUUAUACAGCUAAGAUUGUAUAAAACGACGCCUGUCGCAUUUCAUCAACCCUUGUGUUUCAAACCAAUGGGGUUUUGGUCCAUGUGACCGCAUGGAUCCGGUACGGGUUUUCUUUCAGACCGCAUCACACAAGCGCAGCCGUUAGAUGGCGUCACCGUCUUAGGUCACAUAGCACGGCAAAUACACAGUGAACCCCCGUUUAUCCGUCCAUCCAUUUUCUUUACCGCUUAUACGCGCUUUGAAAGUCUGCGGUACAAAGAGACCACAUUGAGAUGUAGAAUAUGUAAUAUAUAUAGUAUAUCUCUGUAGAAACCAUAUCAUUAUCACAUUUGUAAACAAAAAAAAAACUAAAAAAAGUUUGACCCUCCCACACACCCCCUUUCAACUUCUUAAACAGAAUUUUCCGGAACAACUUGGAGAGUAUGGAGAAGGAUAAGGAGCUGCUCGUGAUCCAAACAUAGCCACCUCAUCAGCGACGCAUGCUGGUGGUAGUGUCAUGGCGUGGGCAUGUAUGGCUGCCAAUGGAACUGAUGGUUCCCUUGUAUUGAUUGAUGAUGUGAGUCAUGGUUGUUUGGGGCAAUAUUAUUUGCUCACAUUCGCCCAAAUGCUUCAGAACUCGGUGGACAGAGCUGGACAGUGCAGAUGGACAAUGACCUGAAGCAUUAAGCUAAAAAAAAAAAAAAAAAGUGGAAUGUUAUGCAAUGGCCAAGUCAAUCACCUAACCUGAAUCCAAUUGAGUAUGCGAAUCACUUGCUGAAGACAAAACUGAAGGGAAACUACCCCGAAUACAAGCAGGAAGUGAAGACAGUUGCAGUAGAGGCCUGGCGGAGCAGAGAUGAAAUCCAGCAUUUGGUGACGUCUCCGCGUUCCACACUUCAUGCGUAAUUGACUGCUGGGAUAAGUUCCAGUACACUCAGACAAGCUUUUUAGAAAAUGCAUGGCUGGAUACUGCAUUAUGAAUCUGUAUAUCACUGACUCGGUGUACUGUAAAUCACAGAAUGCUCUGCUUUUAGCUUUGACGUGAAGUUUCAGACAGUAAAGUCCAGCUGUGGCUUGAAAGUGGUGGAUAUUCACCCAGCCUUGGUGCAUAGUCAUGGGUGGAGAAACUCGGUGUGGCAGGCGUUUUAAAAUAGGGUCACAGGACGCUGGAGCCUAUCCCAGCUGACUUCGGGCGAAAGGCGGACUACACCCUGAACUGGUCGCCAGUCAGUCGCAGGGCACAUAUAGACACGGACAACCAUUCGCACCGUCACUGAGUGGGAACUGAACCCACGCUGCCUGCACCAAAGUCAGGCGAGUGUACCACUACACCAUCAGUGACUCCCCCUUCUCUUGUCAGAUAUUCAAAUUUAACAGCAUCAUUCGUUAGAUGUAAUAAACCCCAGAGGUUUGAUGAGGUUAUGUUAACAAACAAACAAAAAACAUUAAAGAAAGAAAUGAACUCCCAUCUCAAGAAAUAGCUGCAGAGGGUGACUCAUUUGUUCAGACCGCAGACCAGAACGAGAGAGAUGGAGAGGAACAACCACCUUCAGUGACUGCCAAACUUGUGAGGCCAACCUCUCUCCUCUUCACCCCUCCCAUCUCAUUCUUUCCUAUGAGCACUCAAAUACAUUUGUACAGUAUACACACAGCAACAGGCUGAACGGUGCUGGUGAUCACAAAACGACCCUGGGAUCUCUACAUAGCAAAUAUUCAACAAAGUUUCAGCUGACUUUCACUUCUUCUGAACCAUUGAAAAGGCAGAGUCGAGAUUGAGAGAUGGCAACACCAAAAAACACUCCUCGAGGUGCAAGCACACCCCUUUCCCCCAACCGCAUCACCCGUCUCCAGGAGAAGGAGGAUCUCAGCAACCUCAACGACCGUCUGGCCGUUUACAUCGACAAGGUCCGUUCCCUGGAGAUCGAGAACGCCGGCCUGCGUCUGCGCAUCACUGAGUCCGAGACCGAAGUGUCUCGGGAGCUGACGGGCCUCAAGGCCGCCUACGAGACGGAACUGGCGGAUGCCCGUAAGACUCUGGACUCUGUGGCCAAAGAGCGUGCACGUCUGCAGCUGGAGGUGGGCAAGCUGAGAGAGGACUACAAGGAGCUAAAAGCAAGGAACACUAAAAAAGAAUCGGAUCUGGCAGGAGCACUGUUGAGACUUAAAGACUUGGAGGCCUUGCUGAACUCCAAGGAUGCAUCUUUGACUACCGCAUUAGGAGAAAAGCGUAGCCUUGAGACAGAAAACAGGGACCUGAAGACGCAGGUUGCUAAGCUCGACACCAGCCUGGGCGAUGCCAGAAAGCAACUGCAGGAUGAGAUGCUGAGGAGGGUGGAUGGAGAGAAUCGCAUUCAGACCCUCAAAGAGGAGCUGGAGUUCCAGAAGAACCUCCAUUCUGAGGAGCUGCGUGAGGUAAAGCGACGCCAUGAGUCUCGUAUGGUCGAGUUGGACACCGGCCACCAACAAGACUUUGAAAGCAAACUGGCUGACGCCUUGAUGGAGAUGCGAGGCCAGCAUGAACUACAAGUUAAACUCUACAAGGAUGAGCUGGAGAAGACCUACAAUUCCAAGCUGGAAGGCGCGCGUCAGUCGGCGGACCGCAGCAGCCAUCUGGUGGGCGCAGCGCACGAGGAGCUCCAGCAGACGCGGGUGCGCAUGGAGUCCAUGUCGGCUCAGCUCAGCCAGCUGCAGAAACAGCUUGCAGCUCGUGAUGCAAAGGUGAAGGACCUGGAGGAGGCUCUGUCUAGAGAGCGGGACACCAUGCGUCGCCUUCUGGGAGAGAAAGACCGAGAAAUGGCCGAGAUAAGGCAGCGGAUGCAGCAACAGCUGGAUGAAUAUCAGGAGCUAAUGGAUGUCAAGCUGGCUCUCGAUAUGGAAAUAUGUGCCUACAGGAAGCUGCUUGAGGGCGAGGAGGAGAGGCUGCGUCUUUCUCCAAGUCCACCACCGACAAGGAUGACAGGAAGUCGCUCCUCGACUGCGUCGGCUCAUUCCCGAUCCUUCAACUGCGGUGCUCAGACCUCUCCCGCAAAGAGGCGGCGCCCCAACGACACGGACAGCGAGGCCUCGAGCUUCGCUGGCGGUGCUGUGGCUCGUACCCGCAUCACCCAGCAGGCCUCUGCCAGCGGGCGUGUCACUGUGGAUGAGGUGGACCAGGAUGGCAAAUAUGUCCGACUCAGCAAUAAAGCUGAUGAGGAUCAGAAUUUGGGCAACUGGCAGGUGAAGCGCCAGGUUGGAUCUUCAGCACCGAUUGCAUUCAAAUUUCCCGCAAAGUUCAUCUUGAAGGCCGGCCAGAGGGUCACGAUCUGGGCGGCUGGUGCAGGGGGACACCACAAUCCUCCCUCUGAUCUGGUCUGGAAGACACAGCCCAACUGGGGCACUGGAGAUCAGUUUCAGACCACCUUGAUCAGCGCUAAUGGAGAGGAAAUGGCGAUGAGGAAAGUCACUCGCACACAUUUGGAAGAUGAUGAUGAUGACAUGCAGGUGGCCCACAGCACCUGUGGGGACAGCGAGUACAAUCUGCGUAGUCGUACAGUUCUGUGCGGCUCCUGCGGCCUCCCCUCGGACAAGUCCAACAACUGUAGCACCGUAUCCUCAGCGUCCCGCUCCUUCCGCAGUGGGGGCAUCUCAGAGGGUUUGUUGCCCCAUUCGUACGUGUUCGGCAGCAGCACACCUCGCAAGAGUGGAACACAAAUCGAGAAAUGUCCAAUAAUGUGAGGCCUUGGAUCGUUGGUGUUCAUUUUUCAUACCAAUUCAUUGAUAUAUUUAGGUUUCUUUGAUAUAGGUUUGUACAUCUAAUCUGCAAAUUGAUUUACCCUCCAAAUGUACAUAAGCAUGCUUAUGGAAAUUGGAAAGGCAAUUAUAUAUGAACUGUAGUUUCAUACAGAAUUUGGACAUCUUAACAUAACUGUUAGGACUUUUUUUCCCUUAAAAAUAGUUAAAACUACUACUUUUGUACUACUCAUAUCAAAAGGCCAUUUAUAAAUGUAUCACUUUUUCACAACUAUUUUCAAUAAAAUGUGCUUACUCAU